UUUUAUCAAUAAAUUUUUACUUUAUGUGAUAUUUAACUGUGGAUUUACGUAUAAAUAAAUAUUAUAGGGAAUUAUUACACAAAUUGACAAAGUACCACAGAGAGCUCAAUCAGGCUUAUGUUGUGGGUACUUAGACAACGAUUAUACACUUUUAUAAAUACUUAAUAUCUGUGCUCAUCACACGAAUAAAUGACUUUACUGGGAUUCGAACCUGGGACCAUCGGCUUGAUAGGCAGGGUCACUAUCCACUAGGCAAGACAGGUCGUCAAAGUAUAAAAUCUUUAAAUAGACGCCUUAAACUAGUUUGUAGCCUUCUACUGGUGUCGGGUUCGGUUCGGAGCCUCCAAAUAUAGGUAUAGGACCUAUACCACAGACUAUACUAUACUAUAUGUAACUAUCGAAAGUAUGCGUGUGUAUCGGGCCAAUUCGAAGAAUGAUUAAGACACGUUUUAGAUCUUGGAAAGAUCUUCAAAAGAUCGACAGCUAAACGACAUGUCAAAAUUGACAUUUAUUUCGUUUCCGCUGUGAUCCCAAUAGGAUCUAUCUACGAUAUUUCUAACGUCAAAGUGAAAUUGGUUGCCCGAAACGAGCUGCUUCUGUCAAUUAUACGACAUUUAAACGAUAUCUAAAUUAGAACUUAUCUAAACCAGAAAUAAUCGUUAUCGUAUCUCAUUCUUCAAAUCCCUCCCAUUUGCCAAAUGUGACCAAGUGUGACAUGGAGGGGGGAGGGGUCAAAAACCUAAAAAUUCGUGUGAUGUAAUUAAUGACCCCUAACGUUUCCUUUAAUGCCAAAUUUCUUUGUCAACGUACGUAUUUUAGUUAAAGUAGGUUCUAAAGAUUUUUAAGGACACAAACGGCUUAAAGAUGAUAUUAUACACGAUAAAAAGACUGUCCUAUCCGCAAAACUAUCUGGCCGGUCAGGCCAUAAUGCCAUCUCUUUCACUGUUGGUUGGUCUUAACAAGGGUAAAGGAGAUAGCAUUAUGAUCUCAGUGGCCAGUUAGUUUUGCGGGAAGUAUAGCCAAAAGUGUACCAGGCUUAGAAAAUCAAAAAAAGUCCAAAUGUCGAUGUAACGGUGGAAUGCUCCAACACCUCUGUCCUCACGACAAUGAGCCGACAAUUUUAUUAUUGGCGGUGUGAUAUUUCUCGCCAAUUUCCGAGGACCCAUUCUCGUCAAAACCGAGCCGUUAUCGCGUUAUCGUUUGACAAAUUCUCGCCGCUUUGAUGUCGUUAUAUUGAUUCAGUUUUGUGUCGGUUACAUCACUUGUGUUGGAAUUAAAUUUUCUUGUUCAAUGUGUUUUACAAUGUUUUUGUAAACAGUCAUAAAUUAGUACGUACGAGUAUAAAACAAUAUUCUUUAACAGUUGGUACACAUCAUUAAAACUACCAAGUCCUUCUUCGUUCUUCCUCGCGUUUAGAAUAUUUAUUAUCUCGUAGGUGUGUAUAGAAUUAAUAAAUUAAUACAUUUCUCACAUAAAUAGAUUCUAAUAACUAAAUACAAGCAUGUUUUUUUUCCUUGUGUCCACUACCAAAAGCGUAUCUGGAAAAGAUCGCUCUUUAGCGAUAAGGCCGUCCAUUGUCUACCAUAGUUUAAUUUAUAUGUAUUCACCUUAUAUAACGAUAUCGAGAAAAACGACUUUAAUCGAUACUUAUACAGAACUUGAUAAAUAAGAAUUAUAGAUAUGAUAUAGGUACUCGUUUACCUUUAAAGAAGUUAAUCCAUUAAAUGAGUUGGCAUAUUGUAAAAGUCUGUAGAAAUUAGGUACUAGAAUAAUUCUGUUUUUUAAUUCUACUUAGUAAGAAUUCUGCGCAAUAAACAUAGAAUAUUUUUUUCAUCAUACUUACUCGAAAAAGAUCUUAUUUGAUGCAGGUGAACUGAAGGACAAAGGCCUAUAUUGUUCCCGCGGGACUUAUGGAUUGUGGAAAAAAAAGCUAUAACUCCCUAGGGAGUUAUAACAUUUUUUUAUUAUGUCACUACUUCAUACUAACCAAGUAGCGUAAAUGAGUUUUACUUUUAAAAUACUGCCGUUGAUAAUUUAAUAUGUUUGUUUAUGUUUGUGGAAGACGUCCAUCUGGGCGUCCCAGAUACCGCUUGAGUGACGAAGUCCUAAAAGACCUGUUCGCCCUCGGAAUACCCAACUGACGUGAAGUGGCGCAGGAUAGGGCAGAGUGGCGCUCUCUUGUGUCAGAGGCCAAGAUCCUCUUUGGGUCACUGAGCCAGUGAAGUAAAAGCCUUCAUCAUGUCAUCAGCACUAUCCAGAACCGCCAGAAGACUGCUAUCACGGCAGAACCUAUCAGUUUUGUCCAGGAACUAUUCCGUAUGGACGUCCGAAAACAUCGUCAAGUCGCCGUACAAGGACGUCGAGAUCCCCAACCGAACUGUCGUGGAACAUGUUUGGGAGAAUAUGGAAAGGUGGCCUGAUAAAGUGGCAACGAUUUGUGGGUUGACGAAUCGUUCCUAUACAUAUCAUCAACUUUACAAACAGUCCCGAAACUUUGCGUCGCAACUUCGCAACAAACUGGGAGUAAGAGAUGGCGACGUCAUUUGUACUAUGAUGCCAAACUCGCCAGAGUAUGUGAUAGCUAUAGUAGGAAUAUUGACAGCAGGUGCUGAAUUGACAACUGUCAACCCUAUAUAUACGCCUCAUGAAGUACAAAGACAACUUCUUCUCUCCAAGCCUAAAAUCAUAAUUGGUAACAUAGACACUGUUGAUGUCAUCAGAGAGUCAUUAAAAUUGGCCAAAAUGAACAUUCCAGUUAUAUGUAUAACAGAAAAUAAUAGCUUCGUUUCUAACACUAUAUCAUUUAAAGAGUUGACUACAGAUGUAGAUCAUAGUGUUCUUAAUGACGCGAGGAAGACUGCGGAUGAUGUGGCCAUACUGCCAUAUUCUAGUGGUACAACAGGCCUACCUAAAGGUGUAGAAUUGACACAAAGGAACAUAGUUACGAAUUGUGUGCAGUCAGAUGUUGAAGGAGUUAAACAAUAUCGUGAUACUACAGCUUCAUACCAAGACUCUAUAAUGGCCGUGCUACCAUUCUACCACAUCUAUGGCUUAGGAAUAAUUACGCUUCACAAAUUAUCUAUAGGAGCCAAAAUAGUUACUUUGCCCAAAUUCCAGCCAAAUACAUUUCUAUCAACUUUGAAGGACCACAAAAUUAGCCUGCUGUACAUAGUUCCUCCCAUCGUAUUAUUUUUGGGGUCACAUCCAGAAUCUAAAAAAGAACACCUAGCUUAUGUAGAAAGAGCAGUUUCUGGAGCAGCGCCUUUACCAAAACUAGAUAUAGAUAGAUUCCUCGAUAAGUGCAAGCCUGAUGUCAACUUUAUCCAUUUGUAUGGUUUAACUGAGACAUCACCGCUGGUAUCAACCACUGCUCCUGGGUCAACUAAUUAUAUGACAGCGGGUUUCGCCGUUCCUAACACUAAAUUAAGGAUAGUUGAUCCAGAAAUGCGGAAUCUUGGACCAAAUGAGGUUGGUGAGCUUUUAAUCCGAGGGCCUCAAGUAAUGAACGGAUACAGAGACAAUCCAGAAGCCACAAGGAACGUAAUAGAUGAACAAGGCUGGUUUAGAAGCGGAGACUUGGCUUCUGUAGACGAACAUGGGGCAGUCACUAUAUCCGAUAGGCUUAAAGAACUUAUUAAGGUAAAGGGGCUCCAAGUACCACCAGCAGAACUAGAGAGUGUUCUAAAAGAACACCCAUCAGUAUUAGAUGCUGGAGUAGUCGGAAUACCCGAUGAAAGAACAGGAGAAGCACCAAAGGCCUUUAUAGUUUUAAAAGAUGGACAUAAAGGAGACGAAAAUGAUAUCAAAUGUUUCGUAGCAAUACGAGUAGCAAAUUUCAAAAGAUUAAAAGAUGUAGUUUUCUUAGACAGUCUUCCGAAAAAUCCUUCUGGAAAGUUGCUGAGAAGGGUGCUCAAGGAAAAAUAUACGUGAGAGAGUGAGAUAUUUUAUAAAUAAAAAUAGUACUCAAAAUGUGCCAAGUAAUAUUGUGUAAGUAUAAAUAUUGAAAAAAAAAAUAUAUAUAAAAGAGUACCUAUAUUUUGAUACUAAACGACAUUUUCACAAGAUUCUAAUGCGAUAUAUUAUUGUUUUUUUUUUUCAUUUAUUUUUCAAAAAUUUAUUUACAUAUACAUAAUCAAUUUUUAUUUUUAUAUUUUUUUUUUGUGUUUUAUUGCGAAUUUGUUUCUAAUAUUUACAAUAUUUUAUGUUCAAUGAUAGUUCUGCGUUGAAUUUUUGUUUUUCAAUGAUUUUUCAAAGGCACAUAAUCAAUUUUAAAGUUACUGGCCAAACUACGUAUGCGGUUUCUUGCCGAGACAGCGCUCAUUUUUUUACUUUUUUGUGCACUUAAUAAAGUCGAGUAGGUACCGCACUUAACCUCUUACCGCAUAUGCAACAAUAUAUGGCUGUUAUUCUAUUAUACUCUAUUGACAGCUAUUCAAGUUCCAAUUUAAACAAUUUUUGUACCUACCUAAUUAUACGAUUAUACUUGUA